GUUGUUUUGCUUCCCCACGACGCAGCACAGCGGAAAAGAGCCCUUAUCGCGCGGUCACGUGCGAUAGGAAGCGCGUUCGGUAUCUCUGGAGACGCGAUUUAGGGUCGCGGAUCCUCUGGCAAGUCCAAUCUUCUCGCUCGUUUGCCAAACCCCUCAUUUCUUUUCUUGUUUAUGUACACAUCAACAGCUAGAGCCUGGAGACCAGCUGCUGCUCGCCAAUUCCUCUCAAAUGGUCCAGCUCUGAACCCGCAAAUUGCCUCUCGAUACGCGUCUUCUCGGCCACAGCUAGCCGCCGAACCCUCCGAGACGAUGUUUAAAAAGGCAGUUAAGGACCACUCGACUGCGAAUUCGAGGCCCCUCCAGUCGACACUUCUAGGCGCUCGUGGAAAUGUCACCGCAGCAAAAAUUCCUCCUCCCACACAAUCCCUUGGUGUCAAACGGAAAAUCGAGAUGACGACCCCGAGCAAAUCCGCGUUAGGAUCGCUGCACAACGCCGCUGUUUACUUUGAUGAGAACGACUUUGAUGAUGAUGACGAUUUGGACUUUUCUUCGCCAGACCCUUUCAUUCCUUCGACCAGAAUCGAGAACAGCUGUACCGAGCAGUCGUCAUUCGAGUCUGCAAAGACCACUCUUUUCCUAUCUCAGCCAGAGAAUUCGCUACCGUCCAUAACCUCAACCUACAAGUCCGACAUAAAAUAUCCAGACUUACCACCCAUUCCACCCGAUGAUCCCCCGGCGCCGACGAGCAGCAUACAGUUACCUUGGUCCUCCUCCCCUCCUUCUCACUUCCAGAAGCCGACUGCCCCUCGCACUGUACCGUGGCAGAAACAAGAAAAAGAAAAUGUUAUUGUUAUAGACGACGAACCGACUCCGAAGCCGAAGACACCCGCGCGUCCAGCCUCAACUGCCCCGUGGAACAAAACAGCUAGUGCGAUUAAGGAGGAGCAGAAAGAGCUUCGCCGACAGUCGAAGAAACAAUCUCAGAAAACAGCCGGUUCCACGGAGCAUGCCGCCCGCCCUCAGGUCGCUCCCAUAUUCCUCAGUGAUGAACAGCGACAUGUUUUGAAAGCUGUUGUUGAGCAAAAGAAGAGUAUUUUUUUCACAGGAUCAGCGGGAACAGGCAAAUCUGUUCUUAUGAGGGAGAUCAUUAAACAGCUUCGGAACAAGUUUCGAAAGGAGCCAGAUCGAAUUGCAGUGACAGCAUCUACUGGGCUUGCUGCGUGUAACAUUGAAGGUGUUACUCUGCACAGUUUUGCAGGCAUUGGCCUGGGCAAAGAGCCUGUGCAAGAGCUUGUGAAAAAGAUCAAGAAGAACCAGAAGGCGAGGAACCGCUGGUUGCGGACAAAAGUGUUGAUUAUCGACGAAGUGUCUAUGGUUGAUGGGGACCUAUUCGACAAGCUCGAAGAGAUUGCUCGGUCAAUACGAAACAAUGGUCGACCUUUUGGAGGAAUCCAGCUCGUCGUCACUGGCGACUUCUUCCAGUUACCCCCAGUUCCUGAAGGCCAUAACCGCGAGGCAAAGUUUUCAUUUGCAGCAGGCAGCUGGAAUACCUCGAUACAACACACAAUCCUCCUUACGCACGUCUUUCGUCAACGCGAUCCCGAAUUCGCGGGAAUGUUGAAUGAAAUGCGACUUGGGAAGCUUAGUCCUCAAACAACGCAAGCCUUCAUGCAGCUUUCCCGUCCAUUGGACUUCCACGACUCGCUUGAAGCUACCGAACUAUUCCCCACGCGCAAUGAGGUAGACAACGCAAAUGCAGCUAGAAUGGGACGACUAUCUGGUGAGACGAUGACGUUUACUGCAGUCGACUCUGGAACCAUUAAAGAGCCGCAGUUCCGUGAAAAACUACUCUCAAACUGCAUGGCCCCUCCUGUAAUACACCUCAAGAAGGGAUCCCAAGUCAUGCUCAUCAAAAAUAUGGAGGAGUCUUUGGUAAAUGGGUCGAUCGGUCGAGUUGUCGCUUUUAUGGAUGAAUCAACAUUCGACAUGUACAUUGAAAACGAAGGUGACUUUACUGGUGGCAAAUAUGAUGUGGAUGAUGAGGAGUUAGCUGCUGCCCGUGCGCGGAAGAAGCUGAAGGGAUUGGCGCACAAGGAAGGUGCUGGUGGUGUUACGGCCACCAGGAAAUGGCCUUUGGUAUGUUUCAUUCAGCCGGAUGGAUCAGAACGGCACCUCCUCUGCCAGCCGGAAACUUGGAAGAUCGAGCUUCCAAGCGGCGAAGUCCAGGCCCAGCGACAACAGGUUCCGUUGAUCCUCGCAUGGGCUCUCUCCAUCCACAAGGCCCAGGGUCAGACACUACAACGGGUCAAGGUAGAUCUUGGCAAAGUCUUUGAGAAGGGACAGGCCUACGUUGCUCUCAGUCGAGCUACAUCGAAAGAUGGCCUUCAGGUUUUACGAUUCGAUCCGCGCAAGGUCAUGGUGCACCCAAAAGUCAUCGACUUUUACAAGAACCUAGUCGACGCAAGCGAGUUGAUCAAAUCGAAACAAGCCAGGUCACAGCCAUCGGCCACAGGUGGUAGCAAUGAGGAUUUCGACCAGGAUUAUCUCGACGAUCUGAUUGCCGAAGCAUCCGAAUUUCGGUAGACACAUAGAAGUGUUUCGAUUUUCCACUUGCUGUUUUUUCUUCAUGUCGCUUCUAUUAUGCUGGCUGACCGCGUUCUUCUACUUGCACAUCAUUGAUAUCCACAGAGCGGCGGCUACAAUUGCGGUUAUUUACGGAGUAUACCUAGACAGAGUACCUACAGAUAAGCUCACAGCAGGCGUACAAUCGAGUCAAAUGUUGAUUUAUAUAAUACAAAUACGUACUAUAUUCUGCCAUUUUACAAACCCAAGCGCUCGUUCCAUAAAACACUAAAC